GAAAAAAGACAAAGUCCGUUAGAAGGCUGAAAAGUUACCAAAAGCAGAAGAAUAGGAGAAGAAACAGUUGUCCUUAAUUCAAGCAAUUACCAGUUCAACUCACUGUAAUAGUCGUAUAUACACUGAAACCAACUCCCAUUAAUUCAAACUUCCACACAUAAUAAUUAAUUCACAAAAAAUCAAUCAAAUCUAGGAAUUACUUUGUAAUCUGUAAAUUAUCGAUUAAACAAGAUUAAAAACUCGACUAUUUGCUGACUUGCACCCACGGCCAUUUAAGAGUGAAGACUUUGUACAUACAUCAUCUUCCACUUAAGUUGUAAAUUCUAAUACACCACCACUUAUCUCCAGUUCCUUCCACAAUCCCUCACAAGUCACAACACCAUGAGUAUUUUUUUCGUAAUCUCAUCCGUUACCAUUUUACUAGCCUCUUGGCUUUUCAUCGGAUGCAUGGUGAGCAAAUUCCGAAACCUCCCACCCAGCCCAUUUUCUUUCCCCAUUCUCGGCCACCUUCAUCACCUCAAAGACCCACUUCAUCUAACCUUGUCCAAAAUCUCUCAUAAGGUGGGGCCAAUCACUCUCCUCCACUUCGGACAACGGAGAGUCCUUCUUGUCAGUUCGCCAUCAGGGGCAGAGGAAUGUCUGCGUCAAAAUGAUGUUAUAUUUGCCAAUCGCCCACGUCUUUUGACUGGUGAUAUAUUUGGCUACAACUGCAAAACUUUGAUAUGGGCACCUUACGGAAAUUUGUGGCGGAAUCUCCGGCGAAUCUCCUCUGUCCAGAUUUUCUCUCUCCAUUCAAUGCAGCUCUCCUCAGGAAUACGUUCAGAGGAGGUGAAGUCCCUGAUGCGUCGGAUCAGUACAGAAUCCGAGAGAGAUAAUCAAGUGGUGGAUAUUGGGGAGGCUCUGUUUGAGAUGACCCAGAAAAUGAUGAUGAGAAUUUUGGCAAAGGAAGGGUAUAGAGGAGAAGGGAAAAGGUUUAGGGAGGUAGUAGAGGAGAUAAUGAGGAUUGAAGGAAGACUCACCGUCGUUGACAUGUUCCCAUUUUUGAGGCUAUUCGGGAUGAAAAGGAGAUAUCAGGAGAAAUUCAGGGGUUUGGCUGAAGAAAAGGAAAAUUUUCUGAAUGAUUUGAUGAAGAAAAACAAACUAUCAGUUAUAAGUUCAAGUUAUGCUGGUUUAGAUUUUUCGUCAAACAGAUUGAAGAAGACACUAAUUCAAGUUCUGCUCUUGUUACAGAAAACAGAGCCUGAGUUAUACACAGAUGAAAUGAUCAAAGGUCUUUUUCAGGUAUUACUAUUGGCGGGCACGGAUACUUCAGCAGGGACUAUUGAGUGGGCAUUAUCACUAAUGCUCAACAAUCCGCUAACUCUCAAGAAAGCACAACAUGAGAUUGCUACACAAAUAGGAUAUGAUCGACUUAUUGAAGAAUCAGACUUAACCCAUCUUCCUUAUCUACGUUGCAUUAUAUAUGAGACUCUAAGGCUAUACCCUGCAGCUCCACUUCUGGUCCCUCAUGAAUCAUCAGAGAAGUGCGUGGUUGGGGGUUAUACUAUUCCACAUGGCACUAUGCUAUUGUUAAAUGUUUGGGCCAUACAUAACAAUCCAAAGUACUGGUCUCAGCCUGAGGAGUUCAGGCCCGAGAGGUUUGAAGGGGUGGAAAAGGAUGAAGAGAAAAUGAAGUAUAAAUUUAUGCCUUUUGGGUUAGGAAGGAGAGCUUGCCCUGGAGAGGGCAUGGCCAUGCGAAUGGUUGGGCUUACAUUAGGAUUGGUACUACAGUGUUUUGAGUGGGAAAGACCAGGUCCUGAAUUGGUUGACAUGAAUGUCAAGAAUGGGCUCAGUAUGCCCAAAGCCAAACCACUUCAGGCCAAGUGCCAACCAAAUAAAACCAUGGCCCAGCUCAUCGCACAAAAUUAACAGAGGAGAGAUGAUGUGAAAUACUCUAUAUAUGAAUAUGUUUCUAAUUGACUGGAAUCAUGAAAAAAAAAAAUGCAAUAUCUUGUAUGAUAAAACAUUUGUAAAUAGGUUUCUUGGAACCAAUUAUUUAAUUAGAUACAUCAAGCAAUGUGAGAAAAUCUAAUGACUGUAUUCUCAUAGUGAACUUUUGUAAGCUAAUUUUACACAAAAAAACAUUUGAGCC